AUGAUAGUUUAUGCAGUAGCAGGUGUUCUUGCAUUUGUAGCCAUAUUAUGCAGCAUAUUGCCUGAGAAGAAAACGAGGUUUCCAAAGGAGUAUCUCCAUGAUAACGGACGCCCCUUAGGUCUUUUGGAAGAUGCUUUGCGACGCUUUCAUGAUGAGAAUGGUUUUUUGAUUCUUGCUAAUGCUCUGGUUUUGCGAAACAUGAAACCACUGCAAGAAUCUGUAGUGAAGAAAGCCUUGGAGCUUCUGGCAGAGAGACAUCCUAUGCUGCGCAUAUGCAUUAGAAAGAACAAUGAUGUUGAUUAUUGUUUUCAGAAAAGGCACAAUGUUCUCGUGGAUCUGCGUCAACUUGACACCUCAAACUGGCGCAACGUUAUGGAGGAGAGUUUGUUGGAGAAAUUUGAUGUGGAAAAUGGUCCUCUAUGGAGGUUAACAUUCCUUCCCAAUGCAAGAUAUGAGACAGAAACAGGAAGUGACGUUAAUGAUACAUCUUUUCCUCAUGAGUGCAUUUGCAUUUUUUGCUUUCACCACAGCAUAAUAGAUGGCACAUCUUAUUCAAGACUUUUUGCGGAAUUUGUUCACCAUCUGAAUAAACUGAACAAGAACGAGGAGCCUAAAGUAACAGCAACGCCCAUGUUGCCACCUUGUGAUGUAUAUGUGGAUGAAGUAAUUCAGAUAAAAUGGUACCAUAUCGCAAUGAAAUUAGCUGUGAAACUAUUGUGCUUCAUACCGGGCCUCCCCAAAUUUAUUAAAACUGCAAUGGGUGAAAAAGAAAACGCUUUUAGUAGAAAACAUGGCAUGGAGUACCAAAGAAAUCCUCAGAUUCAACCAAGAACCAAGAUUAUUCCCAUCGAGUUUACAAAGGAAGAAACGACAACUUUUCUGAGGCGUUGCAAAGAGUGGCAGACCACGGUGCAAGGAGCCGUUCAAACGGCAGCAAGUGUAGCAAUGGUAGAUAUGAUGGAGGAACGCGAGUUUGAAGUGGAGGCCACAGUUACAGUUAAUAGCAGACCAUUCUUCAGAACCAAAGUUCCGAAUGAGUACGUUGGACUAUACUUUUGUCGUCUCUCUUGUAGAAACAAAAUUCUUUCUUCCCCAAAUCCUGAACAGUUCUGGAAGAUAGGCUCAAGUUGAACAACAAUAAUAAUAACAAUAAUAAUAAUCCAUUUAUAUAGCGCCUUUUCUACAAGAUUCAAAGGCGCUGUUUACAAAAAAUUAGAUAGAAGUAAAAAGUAAAAAUAAUCGCAAGAAAUUGACAUUAAAACUAGACGCUAACUACAAAAUAGAUAAAUGUACACAAUAGAUAAAAAAAAAUCAGAUAACAAAUAAAAACGUCACGAUUCAUAAGCUCGCAUAAAAAGAAAUGUUUUAAGUUUGCGUUUAAAAUCAUCAAUUGAGUUUGCAGAUUUAAUAUCCUCAGGUAAGUUAUUCCAAAGUUCCGGAGCAGCAACAGAAAAAGCUCGUUUACCAUACGAAUUGAGAUUAACAUAGGGUUUAACUAAUAAAUUUCUGUUAGAGGAUCUAAGAUUGCGGCUGGGUGUAUACAAUUGAAGGAGUUCCUGUAUAUAGAUUGGAGCUCGAUCAUGUAGUACUUUGUAUGUAAUUAACAUAAUUUUAAAUUCAAUGCGAAAGGAGACAGGGAGCCAGUGAAGAUCCAUCAGGACUGGAGUAAUGUGGCAAAAUCUUGGACACUGGUUGACAAGGCGAGCAGCAGAAUUUUGAACAUGUUGAAGCUUCCGAAUAAGAUAGGAUGGUAGGCCGUACAAUAAAGAAUUAGAAUAAUCAAGUUUAGAAACUACGAAGGCAUGAAUAAUGAUCUUUGCAGCAUCAUAAGUAAGAUAUUUGCGUGUGAAACCAAUGUUACGAAGAUGGAAAAAGGACGAUUGACAGACUGAAUUGACAUGAGGUACCAUACAAAGGGACUGAUCAAAGAUAACUCCAAUAUUGCGUGCACUGGCGGAGCAGGAUACAGUCUCAUUUCAUAUAUCAACAGAAGAUAGUGGUGGCCGACGUCGAUAGGAAGAGGAUAUUACGAGAACUUCGGACUUGCCUUUAUUUAAUUUCAGCUUGUUGGAAAGCAUCCAUGCGUCCAUGUGCCGAACACAGUUUACCAAUUUGGCGUUACUCAGAUUCAUAUCAGAAACAGACGACGUCCUGAACGUAAUAUAUAGCUGAGUGUCAUCAGCAUAAAAGUGAUAGAACAUUUGAUGACGUCGAGUAAUCUCGCCAAGAGGGGAUGUGUACAUUGAAUAUAACAAUGGGCCAAGAACGGAUCCCUGCGGUACACCAAACUCAAGAACAUGAGAAGCAAACACCUGGAAGGUAUGAAAAUGUCUUUUAUCAUGCGACCAGUGUUUACUCAGAUGUCAAGAGAGGGCGAAAGUGAUCGAGGUGGUCGGGAUCGCACAUCUCUGUUGGUCUUCUCAAACCUUGGCUACUGCAAAUUUCUUGAUGGAACUCCAGAUGAGGACGUCAUCCUUAGAGCAAUGUACGGCUGUUCUGCAGAACACCAACACGGACCCGCCAUCUUUGGCAACAACCUGGCCACGUUCAACGGAAAACUGUUUUGGACGAUUGUGUAUUAUAGCAACCUUGUAAGUGAUGCCACCGCACAGAAAUGUGCUGAUUUAGUCAAAGAAACUAUCCUUAAUGCAAUCAAGAACCGCUAA